UUUGGGAACAGGCGCAUGACAUUUCUCACUAGGAAAAAAAUAACAAUACAAAACUCUAUGUUUAUUUUUUUACAGAUUGCAAUGUUUUCAAUCGAUUUGGAUGGAAAGUUGAACGCAACAGGGGAACAAAGUAAUCAAGUGAUUUGAAUAUACAACUUUCUCCAACAUUGGUGUAUUACCGAGCUAAUAGAGCUAACUCACAAACUUUUGGUAUGCUUUGUGAAUUGUGACAACACCCCAGUACAGAAAAUGUGUCAUUAAAAUGAGCGAACAGAGCAACGAAGAUGUGACCGACGAUACCAACGGAAGCGAACGGCCCAGCUGCGUAGAAAUGUUGAACAAACGACCUCGCUUGUUGUCGUUCCAAGGGUUGAGCUCUCAUUCGCGUGCCCUGGCGGAUAGAGAGGUACCUGUGCCAAUGGCAAGCACAUCGUCCAGCUCCCUGGAACACAUCAACCGUCGUGAACAGCUGGCGAACGAUCUUCGCAGCUGGCAGGAAAGUCAAAUCGCUGCCUGCAUAGAUGACAACAUUUUGAACAUGGUACUGGAACGGUUUCUAGUGUUUUUCGAGCGACGCAAUAAUGCCAAUACCGCACAACAACCACCCCGAGUAAACGAAGACGAGCUGCUGGAAGACGAAGCAGUACGAAUGGCAAUAAGUGCACGGGGUCUGCUACCAGCUAGCUCGAACGAACUGGCCGGACCGUCCACUACACCACCAGCACCACCAGGCCCAGCUAUCGUGGCGGACAGUAAUGUCGCAGCUGAGCCACCCGCUGCCAGCUGGCCUGAUAUGGGACGAGCAUUGCACGACAAUUACAUCCUCGAGACGGCAGUGGCGGCUGCGAUUCAGGAAAAGGGAUUAAUAUCGGGCUGUUCGGAAGCGGAAGAGACGAGCGAUAGUGAUGGGGAAGAGGAUGGCGCUAGGUAGUAAAUUCGAAUCCGUCGAUGAGAUAUUUUGUAAAUGAGUACAGUGGUACCUCCAGAUACGAGUGCCCUGACAUAGUGCGCGUGUUUUGAGGUACGAGCUCCCGUAAUUGUAUGUUUGUACCGUCCUAAGGUUUAUGCUUAUCUAACUCCUCUUCGUAGGGAUAUGGCAAUCGUUUAUAUACCUGACGUUAGUAGUAACAACGAAUAAAUUUACGAUGAAAA